ACCCUCGGCCUACCCGGAGCACGAGCCAUGUUUCAUCGCUAUGACAAGAACAAGACCAUCUCCCUGGACAAGCAGUACGUGCCCUCCCUGGACUUGCAGGAGGCGGAGAGGCUAGAUCAGAUGUUGCUUCAGAUCUUUCAGAAACCUUUCUGCGGCAUCCCCGACGACCUCUGGUUGCUCGACAGCCUCACUGAGCUGCAGAUGAAGAGGUCGGGGGUAGAGAACUUCAGGUACCCCUCCUCCGUACCCAAGUUGCCGGUGACAGGUAUGACCCGGGUCCUCAAGGACGGGCAGAAGCUCGGUAUCUUCACGCUACUAGAGGAGCAGGCAAAGAGCUUCGAGGGCGUGCUCCAGCUACAAGUUACCGACGUCAUCGGGGCUGUAGAGAACGAGAGGACGGAGAGGGUAAUGGAGGACCUUGGCUUCCAUGUUCCCAAGGGGUCGGCAGGAGGCGAACAGAUCUCGGAGGAGAAGAUGAGGGUGACAUUAAGGAGGGAGAGGCAGGAGGAGGAAUCUCUGAAGGAGGUGAAGAAGACCCAAGAUUCAAACUCCUCCUUCGACUUCCAGGGCAUGAGGAUACAACUCGGAUCCAGCCUCACGUCAAGGACACACCCCUGUUUUGAUUUCACGAGAUGAUCAGAAAUGAAUCUUUUUCUUUG